CAUGUUGCACCAUAUCCUAUAGUUUGUUGUGAAAAUGAAGGUGUGGCUAAUUUCUUAGCUUACAAAAGACCGUUGAAACUCCACAACCUCAACUUGUCCACACGGGGAGAAGAUGGUCGCCGUUUACGUCGUUUUGCUGCUGCUGGUACUGAAUGGUAGACCGGUAUCAGGCUUCAAAUUGCAAAUUGGUUGGAGUGGUAGAGUGAGCGCCGGGUCCAGCACCACAUUCACGUGUUCGUCCAACUGCUUGGCAAACUGCACCUACUCCUGGUCUCUGUUCAACCUCACGUUCAAUGGGAGCACGCUCACCUGGACGCCGGAUGGACUGCGCCCAUCGGUGACACUGCAGUGCACGGUGCGAAAAAAUACGGGAGAUUCCAGCACCACCAAGACCAUUUUGGAAAUUAAAAAUCCAGUGUCAGUGCAAGUCAGUCCACCCGAUACUGUUCCGUCUCUGAACCGGGCCGUGGACCUCGUCUGCCACAUUAAUGGACUCCCACCUCCCACCCUCUCUGCGUUGCCGGUGGUCUGGUACAAAGAUGGGCAGAAGGUGGUGUGGCGAGAUCAUAUGCACCUGCUCCACAACACUACGAUCCAUUUUGACUCACUGCUGCCAUCUGAUGCUGGAUUCUACAUGUGUGAGACCAUGCUGAAGCAGACUCGAGUUUUCAGUCUGGGCUACCUGCUAAGCGAUGAUGCUGGGUGGAACGUCAGCAUCAGCGGGCCCGACAAGGUGUUUCCGGGACAGAUGUGCUCGCUCACCUGCUCGAUGAAGUGCACCUUGAACGUGGACUGCACCGUGAGGUGGCCAUUCGAGGGCGGUUUCCCCUUGGGAAGUUACUUUUCCGUGCAUGAAAACCAGCUCUGGUGGAUUCCCACUGUGCCGGGAACCUUCCAAAAUUUCACCUGCCUUGUGGAGAAUGUCGCAGCGGGACGCUCAGCCAAGGCCACCAAGAUGGUGGAAGUCAAAGGUAUUCCUCUCUCUGGAUCCAUACAGCUCACUGGAUUGUCCACUUUGAUUUUCGCCCUGGCUCUACUAUCAAUGACUUUCUAACAACUCACAAAGCUACUUUAAUAUUGAUUGUUGACUUCUUACAUUCUCUCAUUCUCUAUAUCAUGAAAUAAUUUAUGAACAGUGCAAAAAUUGAUGAACAUUUACUUUUUAAACUCAAUACUAUAAUUUUCUUGAGUGUAAAGAUUUCAACAGAGUAAAUCAUAAUGUAAAAUUUUCCCAGCAUGCUUGCUUUGGCCACCGGGAGGCAGUAUAACACAGUCAUGCAGACACAAAAGAACAGCACUUCUACUUGUUCAGUAAGUCGCUCAGUAAGAUGCUGUAAUAUGAGCCGUUUUUCAUUGAGGGUAAAAAAUAAUUACCCGUUAGUAUUGUUAUAUUAUUUGUCUACAUGCGUAUCAAUGCACAUAAACACAGGAUAAAGUGCUGCCCACCGCGGUUUUGGCGCACUUCCGCAAAUAGAAGCUACCUAUUGGUCGUCAUGGCAACAAAACCCGGACUGGCGAUUGGCCUUGCGGCGUAUGGGUUAUUUGCAUUGAACUGGCUUACGAUUUACAAUUGGUAUGACUGAUGGCGCACGUUACCGAUAAAGCGCCCGACCACCAGCCAGUGUGGAUGUAGGUUUGUUUGACUGGAUGACAACCUUUGACCGGUUCGUGUUAUUGAUUCCCCCGAAGCUAAAUGGAAGCCAUUGUGACGUACAUCGGAAAAUUUCCAUGACUAUCCUUCCCCUCUCUGACUCAUAUUUUGUUUACACACAUGUGAAAUAGAAGUGUGUGAAUCACACAAAGCAAACAUGAGGGUGACAAAGGUCUCCGGUGUGUUUUGACGCAUUAUCGGGCCCCUCACAUCUUGCUGUAUUUGCUUUUAGAUUAUCUACCCCUGUCAUGUAUGGAUAUAAGUCAGACAAUCAUUAUGUUACUCUUACAUGAUCAUAACCAAAACAUUGUUAAGUGUUGUAACUAUUUGAAAACUAUCAGCUCAAAUGACGUAGCCUUCUCAAAAAUGUGCUUUUGUAUACGAAUGAAUGACAUGUUUAUGAUUGUGUCGUGCACUUAAUAGUAGGCCCCACCCAGGGACGUGCGGUCAGUGAAGGCAAUGGAGGCCGUUCCUCCCGUGCCAUCAUGAAAAGGGGAAAAAAACAAAUUAAAUUGUUUUUAUUAUAGUCAUAUAUAAUCAUAUAGUUAUUGUAGUCAUUUUCCUUUUAAUUUCAGUAUCAUUUUGAACCAAAAUCGUUGAAUUCUCAUAGUUAUGUUAAAACCGAAGACGAGUCGUUCGGAGGAGGCAACUUCCUGCCUUGCCUCCUCUGAGGAUUGCGUAAUCACACGGCUACCUAUGCUGACAGGCUAUGCAGUUAGGGUGAACUGCUGUCUGUCUCUACGUUGUUGUUUAAGUUUUCAAACUCUGUGGCUGUGGCUAUAUUAACUCAUUUCCGUAGUUACGCUGAUGUAUAUAAGAUCUAGUGUUUUUUGUCUUCUGUCUGUAACGUCGUGUUUCUUUAGAUCAGUGCUACUCAAAUAGUGGGGCGCGCCCCCCUUGGGGGACGCGGUGCUAUACCUGGGGGGGCGCGUGUGACCCUGGGGAACAGGCUUUUUUUUGGCAGUACUAGAAUAAAGUGUAAUUGCGCAUCUACUACAGUAGGCGGCAGUGGCGCUCUCAUUGUUACUUCUGUCACGUUUGCGACAGUGCAACAUUUUACGACUUACAAGACAACAGGUUUGCCUUGGUUAGCAGUGUUGAGUCAACAGAAAGCUCCGACUGCGUCAGGCAUUGAUGCACUUAAAAUCUUUUCUGUUGCAGACUUAAAACACGAUUUGAUAAAGUUAUUCUUUGAGGUCAUCAGUAAAGGAAGAGCAACUCCAGAGUUAAAAGGUUUGAUUCGGACAACGGGACUUCGGAGCAAAAUCUUUUCAAACGGAGUGGUACGCACGAUCGAAAACAAGUUUUUGAUUCCAUGUGCUCUAUUGAGUGUUUUUAUGUGCGAAGACUGCUGAUAUGGGAUUUUGAUUAAAAUAGUUCAAAUUAAAUAAUGAAUAAGCUACUCUAGAGCAGCGUUCCCCAACCAUUUUUGUGACACGGUUAGGUGUCGGGACAGAUUUUACCGGUUGACGUCAGUGUCUCCCCAGUCAUGAACCUCAACGCACGUCACUGGCCCCACCCACACGGGAUUUUAAGACACCAAACGUUGAAAAUGACCCGGCAGCAGGUGCAAAUUACAACACAGGAACCAAUGUCAACAACAGUCCGUCGUGUCUCCUUUUCUGAGAUUUACACACAACAUUUUCAAUUACAAUAACAUCCGAAUGAAAGAGCCGUUUCUUCUUCUCCCUCAUCUGGCCAAAAGGCUUCUUCCUGGUCUAGCGCAAAACUGAAACAGGUCACCUAUUGAUAUCAUGUCUGCCAAAGUUUUUCAACAUUAAUGACAAGAAGCUGGCGUCUUAAUUGGACCUGCAUGGAAAAGGCCAUAGAAGCCUGAACAAACAGCGUCCCCGGCCGGGCCCCCUUCAGUCUCGCUGCACACAACAUAGCCCUUGUCAUCAUUUGUCAUGCGUAGAACUUCACCCAAGAUGGCAAACAAAGAUGGAACACAGAAGCCACCUGCAGAUAAGAAGCAGCAUAUUUGAGGAGAUGGGGGUGGACGUAUAUAACGCCGGCAGAACAGAGGUGGUGGUCGACACCUCAAAAUGGAGAGAGGACAGGUUGCUGUGCUGCUGCUGCUGCUGCUUUCAAUACAAGGACUUUCGGCCGUGCGGGUCCUCCCGUCCUCCAACCCGGCGGCGGCUGGGGACACCCUGACGCUCUCGCUCUGGCCAGCUGCCGACCUAAAGGGUGGCAGCUGGGCGAUAGGCGACUCUCUCAUCCUGACCUGGCUCGGGGACCAGCAGGCGGUUUUCCCUAACCACAGCGGCAGGGUGGCGGUGAAUGUCCGCACAGCCGCCCUCACCCUCAGCUCACUCACCUUGGAGGACUCGGGAGUGUACGCCGUGCACAGCAGCGAUCCCCCGCUAAGGGCCAACGCCUCCAUUACGGUGCUGGAGCCAGUUUUGAACGUGACGCUGGGGACCAAGCAAAGCCGCCCGCUGGAAUCGUCCCCAGUGGCGCUGACAUGCUCCGUCUCCUCGGGAUCCUCGCCAUCUUUCCUGUGGUUCAACGGAAGCUCGGAGGUGACGGCCCACCACAGGGUGGCGUUCUCCGACGGGAAUUCCACUCUGACCAUCCUCAACGUGAGUCGCUAUGAUGGAGGCCCCUUUAGGUGCUUUGCGUUUAACCCCGUCAGCAAUGGCACCAGCAAGCCCUUCGUCUUCACCGUCAUCUACGGCCCGGACAACGUGACUUUGACGGUCAACGAUCAGCACGCUGCCGCCGCUUCCUUUGUGAGCGGAAGCAACCUGACCGUACGCUGCUCGGCCCAGUCCGGUCCGCCGGCUCUACUUCACUGGGCUUUCGAGGGCCACUUUCUAAACACCACGGGCCCGUCGUUGGAACUUGUCCACGUCAACCAGGAGCAGAGCGGACCUUAUUCUUGUCUGGCCUUCAACAAUGAGACCAACAGGAGCAACAACAUCACUGAAUACAUCCUCAUAACUAAGUCCCAGGCGACAUUGUUGAAACUGCACGUGUGGCUCUUUCCCGUGAUGCCGUGGUUCGGAUGCCUCCUGUCCAACGUGUGACCUCACCCAUCACAAAAUAUGCUGGCAGCCCCUGAAGAAGCACAUGUGUGCACGCAGGUACAAUAUCUGUGUGAAUCUGCAGUGUCCAGACUUCAAAUACAAUUUGACACAGCCAUCUUUGUAAUUUUUUCUUGUGACAUUGGCUGCUAAUAUAUAAUGCUACAAAUAAGUCACUGACAAGGGUGGGCAAACUCGAUUUUUUGACUCAUUUUGCAGGGGGCUCAUUUAAAGUUCUUGAUGAAAAUAAAAGGUGGAGGAAUUAUAUCUUGGUGAUUUAUAUGGCAAUGAUUACUGAUUUACUAUCAACAUUUUGGACACCCCUGAGGCAUAAGCUGUCAUCAACAAUGUAGGCUUUGUUCCAUUUCAGUUCUAUUCUAAUGUUUGCUCAUUGUAUCAUAUUGUUUGCCUUCAUUUCAUGUGAUGUAACGUGCUCGUGAUAAUAAAAUAUUUAUCCGGCGGACACGAGCUAUUGAGCGUGUACAGAAAGUACUUGGCGCCAGCACAAACAUGUCAGACGGGUGAGGGUGGAUCAAGUGUAAACACCAAGCAGUUUCGUUUCAGUUUCAAAUGCCACGGUGCGGAAGGGGCCCACAUGUCCCCUAUGGAUUAGACUAUAAUAAUAUUUUGAAUUGCAGUAACGUCAUCAUGCAAAAUGAUUCAUCAUAAUUCCACUGACUGAUGACCUGCCAUCCUCAAUGUCACAAAUAAAAGACAUUUGAUGUUUAUGUGUGCAUAAAAGACACUUGUCUUUG